AUGGCGGGGCGCGAGCCGGCACCUGCCGAGAUGAAUGCUUCCGGCGUAUUUUUACCGGCCAACCCCAAUAAACGGGCGGGCCGGCGGCGCUGGCAGAUGCGGCGGCGGCGGCGGCGGAGGCGCAGGCACGCCCGUGGAUAUUCCGCGGCUCGGAUUUCCGUCGCCGUGGCAACCGGUGACGGAGGCGGCCGCUGCCGCCGCUGCGACGAACCCCCAGUACGCGUUCGGCGCGCGCUCUGCUCACAGUGCCCGAGGCGACGCCGCCCGCAGCAGUGGGCGAAGCCCAGCGCGACUUCUGCUGAAGGCUUCAACCGAAGUGAUAAAGGCUCUCUCCGCCAACCGAUCCUGAUGGUCGAGAAAAGCUGUGUCCUGUCAAGUCAACAAGUUUGCUACGCCCAGCCGACUGCUGAAUCACGGCGUGCGGCAAAGAUAACAAAAGGAGCUAAUUUGGAUGUCUUGGCCAGACUACUGUGAGGUGUUCCGGUCUCCGGUGACGUCAGCGCCAAUCUUGUUCACUCUCCUUGGUUGCGCAGUCGCCUGCCGGAGUGGCCGAGCGGUUCUAGGCACUUCAGUCUGGAACCGCGCGACCGCUACGGUCGCAGGUUCGAAUCCUGCCUCGGGCAUGGAUGUGUGUGAUGUCCUUAGAUUAGUUAGGUUUAAGUAGUUCUAAGUUCUAGGGGACUGAUGACCUCAGAAGUUAAGUCCCAUAGUGCUCAGAGCCAUUUGAACCAACUUUUUGCGCAGUCAACCUCAGGCUUUAGUAGCUGAUUUUGCGAAAUCUGUUAUGCAUUAUUAACGUUUUUUGGUGUUUAUUCUUUAAUUCAGGAUGCUUAAAGUACUUUCUACUCUGUUAAAAUUCGACUACUUGCAUUUCUGUUUGAAAGCCUAUUAGAAAUUUAAAUUGUGCUGCAAUUUUCCCAUUUAGUAUUUCACAAUUAAUUUAAAGCUAAUAUCUGUUCUAUUUAAAAUUUAACUGAUCAUUCUUAAGGAAGAAAUUUGUUACUUGGUAUUUAAAUAUUCACUAUUCA